CAUUGGCCGAGACCUCCACGACAAUGCUACACACUGUGAAGUAGUGAUUGUGAGCAAAGACUGUCGCUUACAGAAAAAUCAUGUAUUCCUAGAAGAAGGUUUUCAUUUCAUCUUAGCUAGAGGACAUGGAGCACAUCAGGAAACUAUUUCACAAAAAUGUAAGUUAGAAACUGUGUCUGGUAGCCAAUAAUCCAUUUUUAACAGUGGCCCUGUGCUCAUCUAAGCAACAGAAAUUACUUUUCUAUAGGAGAUGGCCCUUCCAGGGGAGAAACAGCUCAGUUGUGAUACACUUGUCUUCAUCCUGACUUUAAGUACAUUUAACUCCACACUAAACCCCUGUGGCCACAACACAGCUCUGCACCUGUCAUUUGCUCUACACAAACUGCUAAACGCAAUUGUUUCUGACAAUGGAUUACUCUGUAUCCCAUGGGGGAAUUCACAGACAGCAGCAUUAGAAGGGGCCUUAGAGAUCAACCAUUUCUCUUAUUUUACACACACCUAAAACUCCCUACAGCCGUGCUUCAUCAGCUUCGAGCAGAUGAGCCACCCAGAAGGCAGCUCCAGUUAUUAGGUCCUGGGGCCUGGGUGUAGUCAGGCCCUUUGGAAGCUCCAAGUCAGAGAUCAAACACAUCCUCCCCACUACCCACGCCUAGGGUGACUAAUGCCUGUGGGAAAAACAACUGAACUAAAAAGUCCCACAGGAACCUCAAACCCAGCACAUCCAAAAUGGAACUUCUCACCAUCUCCUCCAAACUCAGUCCUCUUAUACAGUAAUCCCUGUAAAGCUAGAACAAUCUCCAUUCCCCAUUCUCAGGGCCUUCCUCUCACGCUCACCUGAGGAGCUACCAAGUCUUGGCCCACAGGCCCUCUGAGAGUCCCUCCUGCCCACCCUGUGUUCUCCAUACUGAAUAAGGACUUGGCCACACCUUGUCAACUCUUCCCUCUGCUCUACUCCUGACCCCUGGAUCCAUCCUUCAUGCUGUGGCUGAAGGGAUCCCCCCAUCAUGCAAAUUCUGCCACAUCUCCCGCCUAAAACCCAGGAAGACUCCCCACUACUCUCAGCACAGAAAGUACACUCCUUAGUAUGGCAUCCCCUGCCCUCAUGGCACGGCCCCAUCCAGCUCUCCAGCCUCACACCCUGCAAGGACACCUAGACCCCCACCUCCCUCAACCCUUCAUGACUGCGCUUCUGAUCCCUGUUUCCCCUGGCUAGACCCUGCGUGCCCUCCCGCUGGAAGCGGUCUAAUGCCUGCUUGUUUUUAACACUCAGGUUGGGGCCCCUGCCUGCUCCCGGGAGCCUUUGCUGACUCCUGGACCCCUUUGCUCCGGCUGAGCGUGGGCUCUUUCUCUAGGUCUUUCCUCCCAGGACUCUGUGUAUUCAUCCCAUCGUUAAACUGGAUUCUCUACAAGAGUAAUAAUUGCAGAGUCAGCCAGCUCUCAUCCCUUUUCAGGUUUCAGAAAAGACCUGUGAACAAAACGCCUUGAGUCUGAUUUAGUGUGGCAAUGCCCCAAGGGUCCUGUUCUCCCUGGGUGUCCUGCACCUGGUGCAACGUCGGCCUGGCAUCUAGUGAGCCAUCUAAAGGAACGAUGAUGAGUGAAUGAUUUGCCUACCCCUUCCAGUACUAGGCUGGAGGUCGUGGUUAGGGCCCAUCCCUACGCAGGACAUGCAAAGUGGGAGGCACUCCUCUCUCUACGUCGGCAGGGGGCGCUGCACAGCUGCGGGGCGGGGUAGCUUAGACACGGGGCGUCCGGCUAAGGCCGGGGACCCAGGGUGGUGGGCGGGGUGUCCCGCCCGCCUGUGGACCCCGCGCAGUAACUGCGAACAUUUCGCUUUCAUUUUGGGCCGAGCUGGAGGCGGCGGGGCCGUCCCGGAACGGCUGCGGCCGGGCACCCCGGGAGUUAAUCCGAAAGCGCCGCAAGCCCCGCGGGCCGGCCGCACCGCACGUGUCACCGAGAAGCUGAUGUAGAGAGAGACACAGAAAGAGACAGAAAGCAAGAGACCAGAGUCCCGGGAAAGUCCUGCCGCGCCUCGGGACAAUUAUAAAAAUGUGGCCCCCUGGGUCAGCCUCCCAGCCACCGCCCUCACCUGCCGCGGCCACAGGUCUGCAUCCAGCGGCUCGCCCAGUGUCCCUGCAGUGCCGGCUCAGCAUGUGUCCAGCGCGCAGCCUCCUCCUUGUGGCUACCCUGGUCCUCCUGGACCACCUCAGUUUGGCCAGAAACCUCCCCGUGGCCACCCCAGACCCAGGAAUGUUCCCAUGCCUUCACCACUCCCAAAACCUGCUGAGGGCCGUCAGCAACAUGCUCCAGAAGGCCAGACAAACUCUAGAAUUUUACCCUUGCACUUCUGAAGAGAUUGAUCAUGAAGAUAUCACAAAAGAUAAAACCAGCACAGUGGAGGCCUGUUUACCAUUGGAAUUAACCAAGAAUGAGAGUUGCCUAAAUUCCAGAGAGACCUCUUUCAUAACUAAUGGGAGUUGCCUGGCCUCCAGAAAGACCUCUUUUAUGAUGGCCCUGUGCCUUAGUAGUAUUUAUGAAGACUUGAAGAUGUACCAGGUGGAGUUCAAGACCAUGAAUGCAAAGCUUCUGAUGGAUCCUAAGAGGCAGAUCUUUCUAGAUCAAAACAUGCUGGCAGUUAUUGACGAGCUGAUGCAGGCCCUGAAUUUCAACAGUGAGACUGUGCCACAAAAAUCCUCCCUUGAAGAACUGGAUUUUUAUAAAACUAAAAUCAAGCUCUGCAUACUUCUUCAUGCUUUCAGAAUUCGGGCAGUGACUAUUGAUAGAGUGAUGAGCUAUCUGAAUGCUUCCUAAAAAGUGAGGUCCCUCCAAACCGUUGUCAUUUUUAUAAAACUUUGAAAUGAGGAAACUUUGAUAGGAUGUGGAUUAAGAACUAGGGAGGGGGAAAGAAGGAUGGGACUAUUACAUCCACAUGAUACCUCUGAUCAAGUAUUUUUGACAUUUACUGUGGUAAAUUGUUUUUAAGUUUUCAUGAAUGAAUUGCUAAGAAGGGAAAAUGUCCAUCCUGAAAGUGUUUUUCAUUCACUUUAAUAGAAGGGCAAAUAUUUAUAAGCUAUUUCUGUACCAAAGUGUUUGUGGAAACAAACAUGUAAGCAUAACUUAUUUUAAAAUAUUUAUUUAUAUAACUUGGUAAUCAUGAAAGCAUCUGAACUAACUUAUAUUUAUUUAUGUUAUAUUUAUUAAAUUAUUUAUCAAGUGUAUUUGAAAAAUAUUUUUUAAGUGUUCUAAAAAUAAAAGUAUUGAAUUAAAGUGAUUCUGCAAUUUUUCUAAUG